AGCACCGGGCAUCUAUCGAGAAAUAGUGUCUGAAAUUGAAGUCCAAUUCUGUGAUCUUUUUGUUUGAAAAACGAGCAAUCAAAUAAGCGACCAAGGAGAGAGAGGCUCAGACGAUAGUUUUUGCUGUAUCGAACAUUUUAAAACUGUUCACUGGACCGCUGACAUUAACAAUACAUAGGCGGAAAAAACAACAGACGACCAGAAGCCAAGGCGUUGCUAUUAGCUAACUUAGCUAGCUCACAUGCUAGCCUCGCGGAAUAUUUCAGGGAAAAAUAUUGUUUUAAAACCUCUUUGUUGACGUUUGAACUUCUUGUCUUGGACUUGACUGCGUGGCUGCAGUAGGUCCCGACUUCUCCCCUCCCCUGCGGCCCCGCCGGGAGAUGAGUGGAAGAUGUCGGUUUCGGGACUGAAGGCCGAAUUGAAGUUUCUGGAGUCAAUUUUUGACCCGAACCACGAACGCUUCAGAAUUAUUGACUGGAAGCCAGAUGAACUAAGCUGCCAAUUCAAUGUGACAGGAGAGAAGCUGCUAAUUAUCCAUUGUAAUAUCACGGAAUCUUACCCCUCGACUCCUCCGAUAUGGUUUGUGGACUCCGAUGACCCCAGCCUGGCACAAGUGUUGGAGCGCCUGGAGGAUGUGAGGAAAGGCAGCACGCUGCUCCUGCAGCAGCUGAAGAGACUGAUCUGUGAUCUUUGCCGGCUCUAUAACCUGCCUCAGCACCCUGACGUCGAGAUGCUGGACCAGCCCGUCCCUACUGGACCUGUGAGUCAGGACCGCAAGCAUGGUACCACAGAUGAAGUCACGUCUGAGGAAGAGGAGGAAGAAGAGAUGGGAGAGGACAUUGAGGAUUUGGAUCACUAUGAGAUGAAGGAAGAGGAGCCUGUGGACGGGAAGAAGUCUGAGGAUGACGGUAUCGAGAAGGAGAACCUGGCCAUCCUGGAAAAGAUCCGCAAGAACCAGAGACAGGACCACUUGAACGUAAGUGCUCGUUCGGGUGCUGUGUCUGGGUCAGUACAGGCCUCUGAUCGCCUGAUGAAAGAGCUCAGGGAGAUCUACCGUUCUCAGAGUUACAAAACAGGCAUCUAUUCGGUGGAGCUUGUGAAUGACAGCCUGUAUGAGUGGCAUGUGAAGCUGAGAACGGUAGAUCCUGACAGUCCACUACACAGUGACCUGCAGGUCCUAAAGGAGAAAGAAGGCAUGGACUAUAUCUUACUCAAUUUCUCUUACAAAGACAACUUCCCCUUUGAUCCACCGUUUGUGCGGGUAGUUUCACCUGUGCUGUCUGGAGGUUAUGUCCUUGGCGGCGGAGCCUUGUGUAUGGAACUCCUCACUAAGCAGGGCUGGAGCAGUGCCUAUUCCAUUGAGUCUGUCAUCAUGCAGAUAAACGCCACUUUAGUCAAAGGAAAAGCCAGAGUGCAGUUCGGAGCCAAUAAGAACCAGUACAAUCUUGCCAGAGCACAACAGUCUUAUAAAUCACUGGUGCAGAUUCAUGAAAAAAAUGGCUGGUACACACCCCCUAAAGAAGACGGGUAGGAGAGGAGACCGUACGUCCACAGUAGGACAGACUGUCGUGAGAUUGAUC